GGGAAGGCUCCUUGAACAAAGCGGCGGUAGAUAUCACGCAGAUUCUCGUCAUGUAGAUCUUUAAAGACUACCUAGUUCUGAGAAUAUCACGAUGUGGCAUGUACUUGGAGUGCUCUUGAACAAACUUAGUUGUGGCAGCCAAAGCAAACAGCCAAAGUGUGUCUUAUAAACAAUCAGACCAUAAACUGAAGACCAGAGAGGAGGGCAUGAAGUACUCUAGUUAUCGACUUCUUCCCAAGACUCAAGCCCCAAGUUUGGUUAUUCUAGCCGCAGACGUCACUAACGGCUCUCGCUACCCAAGCAACCUCCAUCGCCCUUCGGCAUUCAGCCCCCAACAUACAAAUACCUAUAUUGGCCAACAAUCCAGCAAUCACGAACUACAGACUGAACAAUGCCUCCACCACCUCCUUCAAUGGCACCGAAGAGGCGAGCCACAGUUCUAGUCACCGAUUCUCGCGACCUGCCCACCAACUCUUCGGGUCGCCCCAACUCGCGCCGAGCAUCAUCGUCGGCCCUCUCCUCCAAUGCUGGCGCACACGGAAACGCCCCUGGAAUGGUUCGCUUCGUCUCGGUCGAUUCUGUCCUCCGCGGGACCUCGGAGAUCCCGUCCGGCCAGGUGCGCGGUGGAAACGCCCUCUCGUAUCUGCAUCGCUCUCGAACGCCCGUUUCCUCAGCAUCGUCAUAUCGUGGGGCUCCGCCAGGCCCGGUUAAUCCGCGCCGUGUGGUGAAUCAGGGACAGACGCUGCCGUCGAGAUCGUCGAAGGUCUCUGAGAAGCUGGUGUUGAUUCCGGAGACUGAGGAGGAUGAGCUCGGUAGAUGGGAUUAUCAGGAGGAGGAUGAAGAUGGGCCGUUGAGGGAUGAUGAAGAUGAUUCGAGACAUAGUCCUGAGGAGGGCGAUGAGACGGUCGGACGACUGCCGCCCCGGAAGAGUUAUGCUGAGCGGUUACCUAAGAGUCGACGUGCCGAGAAAUUCUCAAGGGUUACGGCAUAUUGCACAGCGGAUGCUUAUCGGCUUAAGAGUGCGUCGACGUUUUUGAGGGAGGCGCAUCAUGCUAGGACAAAGCUGUAUGAUGAGUGCCUUUACGUCGCGUAUCAUCUACCGCUAUUGGCUGGUGGCGAAGGGUGUCGCCUUCGCAGCUCUCCGGCGCUGAAGAAUCCUGGCGGGAAACCAGUGUUGGACGUUGAGAUUGAGCGUUCGGAGCAACGGAACUACCAUGAGGGCUACUUCGAUGAGGAAUACAGAGGGCGCAGGGAUUCCGUGGAGGAGGACGAUAGAGAACCUGGCAGUACGCCCAGGGAUGAAAAUGUCAAUAUUCAGGGAGAAAGUACGGACCCCGAACUGCACGAAAGACCACGAAGCCCGAAGGACUCGCAUAAUGCUAUGGAUAUGAAUGGUAUCGCCGAAAUGUUCAUCUUCAGCUAUGGCGUUGUCGUCUUCUGGAAUUUCACCGAAAGGCAGGAGAAGGACAUCCUCGCCGACCUGACAUUUGCGCCGGGACAUGAUUCUCCUCUUAUUUCCGGACCGAUGCGAGAGGAGGAUUUCGAGACCGAGGAGUUUCACUUUGAGUACUCCUCGAAAACCAGGUCUCCUCGGAUAUACAACGACAUGAUCACCCUCCGAUCCGGCGAUAUAAUGAUCAAGCUCGCGAUCUCACAUGCAAUAGCGCAGUCCACCAAGCUGUGUCGCUUUGAAGAAAGCAUGAACACCACCAUGGCAGGCGUUGAGCACAUUCCUAAGAAACUCGCCCUCACCGGAACACUAGGCAUGAAGCGCGAAGAAGUUAUCAAGAUGACCGGUCGCCUCUUCCGUCUACGUGUCGAAGUCAAUCUUUCUUCGAAUGUCCUCGACGUGCCGGAAUUCUUUUGGGCGGAGCCUACGCUUCAUCCACUGUAUAUUGCGGUUAGAGAGUACCUUGAGAUCCAACCACGUGUCAUGGUGCUCAAUAGCCGCUGCCGGGUGUUCUUGGACCUCGCGGAUAUCUUGACCGAUUCCAUUGCCGACACCAAUAUGAGCCGUAUCACGUGGAUCAUCAUCUGGCUGAUUUUGCUGAGUAUUUUGGUUACGCUCUUCGAGGUGACGAUUCGGUUCGGAAUCUUGUCGGAACACAAGGGCAAAGGACUUGGCGGAGGGACGGUGUUGGCGAUUGCGGAUCUCUAGACCUGAAUGGCUUGUGUGGUUAAUGCAUGUGGAAGAGUGAGAUGAGUUUGAUAUUGAUGGGAUCAGAUGGGUUGUGCUGCAUUGCUGGUGUUCUUUAUUGUGCUUUUUGUUCGUUCUUGGAAUUCUUUGUAGUAUAACUUCUGAAGACUUUGGUUAGCGGCUGGGUUCUACCCUGCGCUGAGGAAUUGAUAUGUUAAUGAUGAUGUUACUGAUCAUCACAUUCU